GCAUCCACCCAUCCCUCUCGCAUCCGGCUCUCUUCUCUCUGCAACUGCAAGCAAGCAUCAUCGGCACUAUAGACGCUGCUGUCUGCACUGUUAGUAGUAGUAGUAGCCAUCAACUAGCUUCGAUCUCCUGCACUGCAGGUGUAGCAACUCAGACCUCCAUGGCGGCCGCUUCCUCUCGCGUCUCGUCUCUCGGGUUGCUGCUAGCCGCGCACUGCGCACUCUUGCUCGCUUUGGCUGGAGCUGCUCACGCUCACAGUUACGCUCCUAGCGGCGGCGGCGGCGGCGUGGCGCUGAGCUCCGCGUUCUACGACGAGUCGUGCCCCAGCGCCUACGACGUCGUCCGGCGCGUCAUCCAGGACGCGCGCGUCUCGGACCCGCGCCUCCCGGCAAGCCUCAUCCGCCUCCACUUCCACGACUGCUUCGUCAAUGGUUGCGACGGCUCACUCCUGCUGGACGACGAUCUCCCGGCGAUCCAGUCCGAGAAACACGCGCCCGGCAACGACAAAUCCGCGCGUGGCUUCGAGGUUGUCGAUGACAUCAAGAGCGCGCUGGAGAAAGCGUGCCCUGGCGUCGUCUCCUGCGCCGACAUCCUCGCCCUGGCAGCCGAGAUCUCCGUCGAACUCGCUGGUGGGCCGCGAUGGAGGGUGUUGCUCGGCCGGCGAGACGGCACGACGACUAACAUUGAGGGCGCCAACAACCUACCGAGCCCUUUCGACCCCCUGAACAAGCUCCAGGAGAAGUUCAGAAACUUCAACCUCGACGACACUGACCUCGUCGCCCUCCAAGGAGCGCACACAUUUGGUAAAGUACAGUGCCAGUUCACGCAGCAGAAUUGCACGGCCGGCCAGUCCGGCGGCUCACUGGAGAACCUGGACCAGGUCACGCCCAAGGUGUUCGACAAUAAGUAUUACAGCAACCUCUUAGAGGGCCGCGCUCAACUCCGGUCCGACCAAGUUAUGCUAUCGGACCCUUCCGCGGUGGUGACCACUGCUCCCAUUGUUCAUCGGUUCGCAGGCAACCAACAGGAUUUUUUCAGAAACUUCGCAGCAUCAAUGAUCAAGAUGGGAAACAUUAGCCCACUAACAGGAAAGGAUGGGGAGAUAAGGAACAACUGCCGAAGGGUUAACAAACGCUACUAACUCUGAAUACAUUGAUUCAAUUUGAUUGAUUCCAUUUUCUCUUAACCAAAUUGAGAGGCUUUAUUUGUGUAAAUGAUUCUUCUGUUUCCAUUUCACAAUCUUUGUAACCAUAAGGUGUUUAUCUUAUAUUUUUCUACUUUCUGUAAAGCAAAUGUAAAAGCGUUAUCACGUUGGUCGUAUGUCCAUUUCAUGAACAUUGAAUUCAUAAAAUUCUUUUUUUA